GGCAGAGACAUGUUCGCCAGAUGUCGCAGCCAUGGGUGUUUUUGAAGCACAAGCACUUCCAGAUGGAUUGACACUAGAAGCCUUCUUGCUGGAAUGUAACAAGUCCUGGGGUCCGCAAGAGCUGCGUUCGGUACGGCGAAAGUUGGGCUGCAUCGGAGUCUCGCAGGUCGCGGAUUUGCUGCGCUACGAACGCUCGGGCGUGCUGAACGACCUCCUGGCCGCCGCCGGUGAGCGGCGUUUCUCUGCGGAGACGCUGGCCCAGUUUCGCGCAGCUGGCGAAGGCCGCUCCAGCAAAUGUACGCAGGAAGGUGACGAAGCUGAAGAUGCUGAUGACCUAGAAGAGCUGCUGAAUGACUUCUUAGCCAGGGCGGGAGGCCAAUCCUGGUCGCAGGCUGGUGGCGAGGAAGCAGCCCUGCGCAAGACUGUGAGCCGGGGCCUGGCGUACAUCGAUGAUGCUGCCCGGGAGGUGCACCGCCGCAACGCCUCGCUCUCCCGGUGCCUCGAGGAGGUCCAGUCGGACCUCUCCCGCAUCUCCGAGCGCAUGCAGGCCGCACGCCGUGAGCGGCAGCGCGGCCGCGCCGCCACGGCCAACGCGGCCUCGCGGAUCCUGGGCGCCGGGGCGGCGCCCGCGGCGUCCGCGCCGUCGGACAGAGCCAGGAGAUGGGACGAAGCACCCCGAAAGCCCGCAGCCAGAGCGCCCCAACCCCCACGGCGACCGCAAGGAUCGCAAGGCACUACACCUUGCGCCAGAGCCGCGCAAGAGGGGUUCUCCUUCGGAGGCUGGGGCAAGCCGCAGCUGGCGAAUCCCCGGGAGACCUUGCAGGACACGGUGCGCGCUGAAAUCGCUCACUUGAAGCAUGAGAAGCAUGCAGAUCAGAAGGCAGCCAUUAAGCGGCUGCUGGUGAAAUGGCAUCCAGACCGCAAUCCCGAAAGUCCCGAGACGGCCACCGCGAUCUUUCAAUUCAUCCAGCAGGAGAAAGACCGACUGCUCGGACUUCGGUGACCGGCGGGCAGCCUUUUUAAAGCGGCCAUUCGGCCGGAAGACAGCCUCUCGUUCGUCACGACUCGCGGCAGGUUUCCCUUUGCGGCUCAUGGGAUGCUCGCCGUGCGCGUGAAAUCGUGGCCAAUCUUUUUCACCCCUGGGACUUGGAAUCCCGGACGCAGGUUUAGGUCUGUACUCUGAGCUUGAAUUCGCCCAGCGCCCUGGCGGCCUGCUCUGUUCCGCAAAGCGGAAGGUAGGCCAAUAGUUUCAGCUGUGCGCCUCC